AUGAAGUUCCGCCGGUCGAUGAAAGGGGAGAAGGACGUACACCGUCCGCACCACAUCUCCAUCCCGGCCAAGGAUGCGAUAGCCAUAGUGCCGCCUAAGAAGGUCAUAAAAGCACUUUACGAUUACAGGUCCACCAACCCGGACCAGCUCAGCUUUUCCCAGGGCGACUUCCUGCACGUCGUUAACCGCGAGAACGAUCCUGACUGGUACGAAGCUUGCAACCCGCUGCACGGCUCUCGCGGACUUGUUCCCGUCUCGUACUUCGAGGGCGUCGGAAAGACAGUGCGCGACAGCGCCGGCUCAGCACCUCGACAGUCCGCGCACACCCAGCCGCACGACUCUGGCUACCAGGAGCCCCUCAGAGGGAUAGGUAGCCCCAACCCACCGAACACGGCCGGCAUGAUACAGAAUAUGAUGGGCCACCAGUCGCGCAUGUCCCAGUCAGGGAAGACGGGGGCUAUGGUCUACGGCAUUGUGAUCUACGAUUUCAAGGCAGAGAGACCAGACGAGCUGGACGCGAAGGAGGGCGAGGCCAUUAUCGUCAUCGCACAGUCGAACCCAGAGUGGUUUGUCGCGAAGCCUAUAACUCGACUCGGCGGACCAGGCCUUAUCCCAGUGUCCUUCAUCGAGAUCCGCGACAUGACCACAGGGCAAGCCGUGCCAGACGCCCAGCAGGCGGUGGCAGCAGCAGGCGUCCCAAAGGUCGAGGAAUGGAAAAAGAUGGCAGCAGACUACAAGAACGGCAGUAUACCGCUCGGCAAGCUGCAGGACAACACACAGCAGUCGCUACAAGCUGGCAUGGAGCGCAUGAGUCUCGGUGGACGAAGCCAGACACAGGGCAGGAACGGCUCCGUAUCUCACUCACGUUCUGGAUCUUUUGCGAUGCAAGGAGGUCAAAGCCAGCACUUUGCCCCUGUCAAAGCAUGUGUACCACGAUACUGCUUCGCCGACGACAUAUUCUGGUUUAUCAUCGAGUGCCAGAUGGAAGAUGGCAGACACUGGGAGCUCCAGCGCCUGUACCAGGACUUCUACGACCUCCAAAUCCAGCUUAUUGCUACCUACCCCGUAGAAGCUGGCACCAGUGGUCAAGGGGAGCGCACAUUACCGUUCAUGCCUGGGCCUGUUACCUACGUCACCGACAACAUCUCGAACGGCCGCCGCGCGAAUCUGGAUGAGUACAUUAAGAACCUGCUCAAGCUGGGUUCGCACAUCACACAUGGUCAACUUGUGAAGGGCUUCUUUACGCCGCGACAGGGUGACUAUGAGAUCGACCCAGAAAUUAUCGCCCAGGAGAACUACAGGUUAUCUCAGCAGUCUGGACAGUCGUCAAACCACUCCCAUGGAGGUUCCACGAGCAGACAGUCGUCUGCCGAUCAGCUGCAGGCUACGACGCCAGUCACUCCUUACUCGACAGGAUCGUACGGCGUUCACCAGCGAGGUCAGUCAUCAGCCUCACAAGUAUACUCAUCGUCGCUCAACCCGCCGCCGAUGAAUAACCAGCAUUCCUCCACCUCCACGAACACCGGUACAUCAUCAGCACUCAAGAUCAAGGUCUGGUUCGAAGAGGACAACUGUGUCGUCAUUCGCAUGCCAAUCUCGCUUCGCUUCACCGACCUGUACAACAAGCUGAGAGAACGAAGACGACUCGAGAGGCCUAAUGAGCCCGACGAAGAUCUGAUCGUGGAAUACCGAGACGAAAUGGAGGGAACAUUUUUCCCCAUUGAGAAUGACGAAGACCUGCAGAUUGCGGUCGAAAGGAAUCCAAAGCUCACUCUCAGCGUAACAACGGCGAGAUGA